AUGAAUAAAAAGUUUAUUUUUGAAAGACAGGCCUUCCAGUCGUUCCUGUUAAUUCCCCAAUUUUUAGUGUUUAUUAAAAUGUCAUCCAGAGCUAGGCGAAUGGUGGAAGCCGUAAGAAAAAAUGAAGAUCGAGUGAUACAUGAACAAAAUGCCUCUGAUGAUAUUGAAGAAAACUACGAGUAUAACAACUUCACAAAUAACUCCUAUCCUCGCGUUGUCAUAGAAAGCCUUUAUUUCAUUCCAGAAAGUAUUUUUCCAAAUAAUGAUGAAGACCUGAUAAAAUCUUUAGAAAAUGAAAAACACGUGGUCCAAAAAGACGUGGUUCAGAAGGAUAUUGAAAAUUCAGUAGCUAAUCUUGACACUUUUCUGCCUGCUGAUGAUUUGGGUAGUAUUAAAGAUCGUGAUGCUAAUAAAUGUACAAAGUGUAAUAACUGCUACCACGCUAAAUGUGAAAAUGUGGAGUUAAGAGGAUUUCAUUUAAAAAAAUCGAAUUGGAGUUGCAAAUCUUGUAAUGAUGGAACUGAGAUAAUGAAAGAAGGUGGUAGAUCUAAAAAAAGAAGUCGCACGGAUCUAACAAGCUAUAUAGAGAUCGACUUUUUAAACCAAGUUCUUGAAAAAAUCAACCAUCUAGUAAACACAACAGAAAAAAUGAAUGAAAAGAUGGAUCAACUUAUAAUAGAGAAUACAAAAUUGAAAGAAGAAAUAAACAAAAUAAAAUCCGAGGAGAAAGUGAUAAACUCUACUAUAAAAACUGUGUCGUACUCCUCAGCUCUCAAAUCCGACAUAUCACGUAAUGAUAUUGGUGCUGGUGUAACAAUGGGUAGGCAAACGAAAAAUGGAGGCCUUAUCCUCAACUGUGGAGCGGAAAAAGAAAUAAGCACUAUACAGGCAGAAAUCCAAAAUCAGAUGGGGGACACAUAUGAAGUAGAUAGGCCGAAGUUGUUAAACCAUAGAAUACGAGUUAUUGGAAUUCACGAAAGUGAAUUUAACAAUACCGAUGAGGAGAUCCUUUUAAAGGUAUUAAAUCAGAAUGGAAUCGAAAAAAAAGAAAACACGAGAGUAAAAAUAUUGCGUAAAACUAAAGUGCUAAAUAAAAAAUUUAAAAUCAUUUUUGAGAUGGACAAUGAUUCAUACAAUUUAUUUAUUGAACGAGGAAAAAUGAACAUUGGGUGGAAUAGGUGUAUGUUGUUUAGUGACUUUGGAGUUAUUAAGUGUUAUAAUUGUUGUCGAUAUGGUCACAUUGCCAAAGACUGUAGUGAAAAGAAAGUUUGUCCUAAGUGUAGCGGUCCACAUGAUUUUAAUGAGUGUAAAAGUGAUGUCACUAGGUGUACCAACUGUAUUUUGUCCAAUGAAAAAUAUGGUUUAAAACUUAAAACUAAUCAUACCUCCUGGGAUAUUAAUCAAUCAAAAAACCUGUUCCAAGUUCCAAAAAACUGUAAGAGUGGUAAGUCAUUUAAAGUGUUUCAUUUAAAUUGCCGCAGUAUACGAAACAAGGUACUCGAACUAGAAACUUUGGCGGCGAACCUAAAUCCUCAAAUAAUGUGUUUCACCGAACAUUGGUUGUCUCCUGCAGAAAUUAAACUAUACAAUAUACAGAACUAUAAGCAAAUAAACAAUUUUAGUAGAGAACACAUAAAAGGUGGUGGUACUGUUAUUUAUGCGAAAACCAACUUGUCAAUGUGUCCUAUCUCGUACAACGUGACUGCCGUCGAAAGAGUUUUUGAAUAUACCUCCUCGAAACUGUAUUUAAAUAACAAAAAAACAAUAAUUGUUUGUGUAUAUCGUUCUCCAAAUGGUAAUAUUAAUGUAUUCAUUAAUCUUAUAAAUGAUUUACUUGAAAAUAUUAAAUGUGAAAAUUGUUAUGUAAUUGUUUGUGGGGACUUUAAUAUCGAUUUUGGUAAUAAUCAAAAUAUUAACAAUAAUUUAGUUUGCGACCUAUUCUCUUCUUUUGGAUUGCAUAGUCACGUAAAUGAAAACACAAGAGUAGGAACAAAUUCUGCAACAAGAAUUGAUAAUGUGUUUUCAAACUUUCCACUUCACUUAAUCACUUGCUCAGUUAUAGAAGAUGACAUUUCUGACCAUUAUGGUCAAAUGUUAACUGUUAAUGAGACAGAUUUAAAGGAAAACAGAUUAUUUGUGUACAGGCGCUCUUAUACUAAUUGGAAUAAAUCUAAUUUCUGCACAAAAAUUCGAGAACAGACUUGGCAAUGUAUUACACCCGGUAUCUCCCCUAAUGAUUACUUUAACUGUUUCUAUAAUACAUUUAUUUUUCACUUUAAUGCAUCAUUUCCCGUACGAAAAGUUUCAGUAACAAAUAGAAAUCGCCAUUGGGUUACAAACGAAAUUAAACAAUGGUCGAAAAAUCUUAGAGAACUCUAUUGGCUGACUAAACACUCAGAUCUCCAAGAAGUUAAAGACAAGAAAAGUUAUAACGAAAAUAGAAUACUAAAUUCCAAUAAUAUUAGUCGAGAAACCUGGAGAAUUUUCCACUCGCUAUCAAAUAAACGUAACACUGAAAAUGGAAACUUGCAAAUUGAACAUAAUGGAGUUUUAAUUCAAGAUCCAAAAAUAUUGGCAAAUCUCUUUAAUAAAACAUUUUUGAACGAUAUUGCGAAUUAUUGUUUUUCAAAUGGGGUAUUUCCUGACUCUUUAAAAAUAGCAAAAACACUACCAUUGUAUAAAAAAGGUGGUCCUACAAAUAUAAAUAAUUAUAGACCAAUAUCUCUGUUGCCUGUGAUGUCAAAAAUAUUUGAAAAACUGCUAAACACGCGUAUUAUUGCAUAUCUAAAAAGUCAUAAACUGUUAUCUCCAACGCAAUUUGGGUUUUUACCAAAAACCUCAACUACCCAUGCAGUGUAUAAAUCUAUUAAUGACAUUCUAGGCAAUCUAGAGAAUAAAUUUAUGGUCGCAGGAGUCUACUUUGACUUGUCAAAGGCCUUUGACAGCCUCCAUCAUGAAAUUCUGUUAAACAAAAUUGAGAGCUAUGGUUUCCGUGGCACAUCACUUAAUCUUAUAAGAUCUUAUCUUUCAAACAGAUUUCAGGUUGUUAGCAUAGAUUCUGAACAAAAUAAUCAAAAAGUAAAUUAUUUGUCUGAAAAACUGCAAAUUAAACCAGGCGUACCCCAAGGAUCAGUACUAGGACCAACCUUGUUUUUAAUCUAUGUUAAUGAUCUGUCAGUCAAACUUCAGGGCCUUUGUCAAUUCGCGGAUGACACUUCUUGUGUUGCUGUGGCUAGGACCAUUCCCAAUCUAUCGAAAUACACCGAAAAUAUAAUAAGUGUAAUGUCUCAAUGGUGCAAGGAAAAUGGUCUAUUGAAUACAACAAAAACCCAACUUAUGGUCUUUAAUAAAAAUUUUAAUGUUAACUUGCGCAGCCUUCUUGUCCGUUUUGAUGGAACGACAGUUGUAAAUAAUGACGUGGUUAAGUUUCUUGGACUCCAAAUAGACUCGAAAAUGUGUUGGGACUUUCAAAUUAAAACUGUCAUAUCAAAAGUCAAUUCUGCUAGUUAUCUAUUAAGAUAUCUAGGUAACCACGUCACUAUACAAAGUUUAAAAACAUUUUACUUCUCUUAUGUUCAGUCUGUUUUAAGUUAUGGUAUAAUAUUUUGGGGAUCCGGUGUUAAAUUUGAGUCGGUUUUUAUUGCUCAAAAACGUGCUAUGCGAGCAAUGUUAAAAAUAAGCAGAAGUGUAUCAUGCAAAGAAUAUUUCAAAACGCAUCAAAUAUUACCGCUGCCUUGUCUAUAUAUUUACCAUCUUUUGAUGUUUGUGAGACAAAAUUUAAACUUAUUCGUCAGAAAUAAUGAUGUUUUUAAUGGUAUGCAUACCAGGGGAGGUACAUUGCUAAGGGUUCCCACACAUUAUUCCGAAUUGUAUCAUCGAAGCGUUUUGUACAGAUCUGUUCAAGUUACAAAUAAGUUACCAAAUGAAAUUAAGGACAUCCCAUCAAUUACAGAAUAUAAAUAUGCUGUAAAAGAUUUUCUUCUCCAGAACUGUUUUUACUCUUUUAAUGAAUUUAAACCUUUAGCCAAAAAACCAAGAAGCAAUUUCGUUCAUGAAACCGCUGAGACUGAAUUAUUGAAAUCUAAAAAUCAGACCAGUGGAUCUGAAGCUGAAGGAAAAGCUGAAGGAGAAGCUGAAGAAGAACCUGAAGAAGAAGCAAGAAGUAUGAAACGGAAAAGAACAAAAGACCCUCAAAGAUGGAAAAGGCAAAUAAUAAAAAAAGUGCAAUCGGGAGAAGAGCACAGAACAAAAUCAGGACGAAUUAUAAAAAAGAAAGUUAUGAAGGAAGCAUGUAAAUGUAGGAAACACUGUUCCGAAUCAAUAAACGACGAAAAGAGAAAACAAAUUUUUGAUAAGUUUUGGUCAAUGUCAAAUUAUAGCAGGCAGUCAGCGUUUGUGGGAAGUUGUGUAAGAAGAGUACCAAAAAAGAGAGUAAAACCACAAGACGGUGAACAGCCUAGAAAAAAGUCCUCCUUAAUAUACAGCUUUUCGAUCAAAUCAGAGGAGUCAAAUUUAAGUACACAUGUGGGUGAUGACCGCCUUAAAAAAAAGGAUGUUUCAGUGACUGGCACCGUAACACCUGAUAAAAGAGGUAGGCACUCAUCUCGACGAUUCGUCAUUUCUGAAGUUGUUAAAAAGAGCAUUAGAGAUCACAUAAACUUGUUCCCCAGAGUGCCGUCUCAUUACUGCAGAGAAAACACAUCCAAGGAGUAUCUGGAAGAUGGUCUAAGCAUUGCAAAAAUGUACCGUCUCUAUAGGGAUUGGUGCUCUGAGAAAAAAUUAAAUUUACCAAAAAAAGAUAGAUGUGAGACCUGCGUUGAUUUUGAGUUGAAGGUUUUAAAGACUCCUGACAUAAUAAACUCUUAUCAGAAACAUUUGGAUGGAAAGAAGAGAUCAAGAGAAUUGAAAGAAGCCGACAAGCUCAGAGCCGCCGACAAGAACGAAAAGUUUUCUGUGUGCUGUUUUGAUUUGCAACAAGUUAUUCAGAUUCCUCAGUCAAACACCUCUGUAUUUUAUUACAAGCUAAAGCUCUCAACUUUUAAUUUAAGUAUAUUUGAUAUGGCUACAAAGGAAGGCUUCUGCUUCAUCUGGCAUGAGCAGAUUGGUAAAAGAGGAGCAAACGAAAUAAGUAGUUGUGUGUAUCGAUUUUUAAUGGAGAAGGCCAAUGCGGGUUAUAAAGAAGUAACUUUAUAUUCCGAUAAUUGCAUCGGUCAAAAUAAGAAUAGGAUGAUAGUUUCAAUGUAUUAUUAUAUUUCAAAAAAAUACAACAUCUCAAUAUGCCAUAGGUUUCUUGAGCCCGGCCAUACACAAAACGAGAAUGACAGCAUUCAUGCUUUAAUAGAAAGAAAGAAAAGAGAAAUGGAUUUAUUCACACCUGACCAGUUCAUUCAGUUAGUAAAAAUGGCUAAAAUCUCGGGAAAACCAUAUAAGUAUGAUUAUGACGACAAUGAACCUGUUAUUCUACAGUUAACAAAUAAAACGACACGAUUAUCUGGAUCUACAAAAGACUUACAAGAAUUAAAACAAUGCUACAGCUCUAAAAUUCCUCUUACUAAAAAAAAGUAUGAGCACUUACAGUUUUUAAAGAAUAAGGUACCUGAAACAUAUCGCUAUUUCUACGAGUCCCUAACAUUUUCAGAAGAUGUUCGCGAUAAUGAUUCUGACUAA